ACAGACGACUUUUUCCUCAGUUGUCAGGUUUCAAGCCUGUCGGCAGCGCUGCUGCUAUGGAGUCACCGACUAAGGAAAUCGAAGAAUUUGAGAGCAACUCUCUGAAAUACCUACAGCCAGAGCAAAUAGAGAAAAUCUGGCUUCGUCUCCGAGGCUUGAGAAAAUACAAGAAAACAUCACAGAGAUUGCGGUCUUUGGUAAAGCAGUUAGAAAGAGGGGAAGCUUCAGUUGUAGACCUAAAGAAGAAUUUGGAAUAUGCUGCAACUGUUCUUGAGUCAGUAUACAUUGACGAAACUAGGCGUCUACUGGACACAGAAGAUGAGCUCAGUGACAUCCAGUCUGACUCUGUGCCCUCAGAGGUCCGGGACUGGUUGGCUUCUACCUUCACGCGGCAAAUGGGGAUGAUGCUCAAAAGGACAGAGGAAAAACCCCGGUUCAGGAGUAUUGUCCAUGCAGUACAAGCUGGGAUAUUUGUGGAAAGAAUGUACAGACGGACUUCAAAUAUGGUCGGUUUGAGCUACCCACCAGGUGUAAUUGGAGUGCUAAAGAAUGUAGACAAGUGGUCCUUUGACGUAUUUGCACUAAAUGAUGCCAGUGGGGAUCAUGCACUGAAAUUCACUUUUUAUGAACUUCUCACACGCUAUGAUCUGAUCAACCGUUUCAAGAUCCCCAUUUCUGCCCUUGUAUCCUUUGUGGAAGCUCUGGAGGUUGGCUACAGCAAACACAAAAAUCCUUAUCACAACCUGAUGCAUGCCGCAGAUGUGACACAGACGGUCCAUUACCUCCUUUUCAAGACAGGCGUAGCGCACUGGCUGACAGAGCUGGAGAUCUUCGCUCUGAUCUUUGCAGCUGCCAUCCAUGACUAUGAACACACUGGAACCACCACCAACUUUCACAUCCAGACACGGUCAGACUCAGCCAUUCUAUAUAAUGACCGGUCUGUGCUUGAAAAUCACCACGUUAGUGCGGCGUAUCGUCUUUUGCAAGAUGAAGAGGAGAAGAAUAUUUUAUCUAAUCUCUCAAAGGAUGACUGGAGGGAAUUCAGAGCUCUAGUGAUUGAGAUGGUGUUGGCCACCGAUAUGUCCUGUCACUUCCAGCAAAUCAAAGCCAUGAAGAAUGCUUUGCAGCAGCCAGAAGGAAUUGACAAGCCAAAAGCCUUAUCACUGUUGUUGCAUACAGCAGAUAUCAGUCAUCCAGCCAAGGCCUGGGAUCUCCAUCAUCGCUGGACCAUGUCUCUGCUAGAGGAGUUCUUCAGACAGGGUGACAAAGAAGCAGAACUAGGGCUUCCCUUCUCUCCACUGUGUGAUCGCAAGUCUACUAUGGUUGCUCAGUCUCAAAUAGGUUUCAUUGAUUUCAUCGUGGAACCCACUUUUACUGUGCUGACCGACAUGACCGAGAAGAUUGUGACUCCACUCAUCGAUGAAGCUUCCCGCUCUGGCAUGUCCGGGUUCAGGCGUUCCAGUCUGAAUAGCAUUAGUCCCUCCGAAGUUAAAAGAUCAAGUGUCAAAAGCACUGGGUCCGAAGGAAGUGCCUCACUCAACUGCUCCAUACUCACUGUGGACUUCAAAUGUUUUAAAGCCACCUGGACUGAGGUGGUGCAGCAGAACCGGGAGAAAUGGAAAGCGCAAGCCACCAAAGAAGAAAAAGCUAAGAAAGAAGCAGAGGAAAACGCUCAUCAGGGAACAGAUGAAAAGACAACAGAUGAAAAGGAUGAGAAGAAGCCAGCUGAAGAUGCCACAGCAGCAAAGACAGAGAACAGCAAAGAACCAAAUCCUGGGGAAAACAAAAGCACAGAUUCCAGUAAGAAUCAUGUAAAUGGGACUCGGCAAACUGCGGUGAACAAACACGAAGCCUCUCAAGGGAAAAAUGCACCUAGGGCAGAUAAGGGAACGGACUCUCAUCAGGCAGUGGGAGAAGAGAAACAGCAUGUCCAGAAUGGUGAAUUAAAGGAAGGCAGUAAGUUGGACAAGAAAGAUCAGUCCAGUGUGGAGGAUGAAUCAAAGAAAACAGAUGGUCCAGUGCAACGUUCAGCUAACUUACCAGGCUUGGGUUCCUCGGCAAACCACCUUACAUUACCAGCCAUCAAACCUCAGCUGUGUCACCUCAGGAGGCCCACUCACAGCUCAGGAGACUAUUUCCCAGCCUUCCACAAGAAAUCGGAGGAACAUCCGGUGAGAUGUAAGCUGCUUGACCAGAGGGGAAGGAUGAAGAAGAUCCAACAUAUUUCCCAGAGCUGGAAUAGGAAAUAG